AUGAAAGAUCAACUUUUCGCAGCCAACCAAUCUGACAAGAAGCGGAAUCACCGUUACAUCAUCGAUGUUCAAGAAAACAACGCUGUUUCCACCGAGUUAACCCUUCAUUGCGGGUUUCCAAGCAUGAUCAAGAAACCUAGACCCACCCCAAUCAGUUCAUCAUCCUUCCUUCACAGUUCUAUCGUUGUUUCAACUCGAAAGGAACCUGAUGGAGUAUCCAAAGAGUCCUCAGAGUUGAAAACGUUGGCUCGAGAUACGGCAAACGAGAGGAUUUACAGUCCUGAAGAGGAGAGAAAGAUGAGGCUGAAGCAUCCUGUUUGGACCAAACUGGUGCAUUAUGAUCCAUGGAAGAUUAAGAAGAGGCUAACUGGUAGUGAUCUUGGUAAUCAUUGCAGACUGUUGGUGGCAUCAGCUUUAGUCAAGAAUCAUAUUUUUCCAUUUAUGGGCAGUGAAAUUGUUGAGAAGAUCAGGGGAGAAGGUGCUGAAUUUUGCUUCUGGGAUUGUGAUACAAACACCGGGCUGAAUCUGGUUUUAAAGUAUUGGCAUACAUCAAAGAGUUACAUCUUCAACAAAGGGUGGCAGAAUAAUUUUGUGAAAAGAAGACACUUGGUUGAAGGAGAUUUGAUUGGGAUUUAUUGGGAUUUUACAAAGAAAAUAUUCAAUUUUGCUGUGCUUGAGAGAGCUUGUGAAGUCUAUCCAUGA